AUGUCGAACGCCAGCGAUUCUCCUCGAACAGACCAGCCCGUCAUUCCCGUCGACCUGACUCGAUCUUCUUAUCAUAGCGGAAUGGGUGACCUGCCGCUACCACAACCGCAUACAACGCAGCAGACCCGCAGCUCAUCCGAGAGCGGCGACGCCUCGCUGAAGAGCCCUCGCACAGCUCGAUUCGCCGAAGCCACAGCCGUGCACUCGCCAAUCGAGUCGUCGAGCCGCUCGCCCUUCGCUGAUCCCCCGCAAAGGCAGUCCGGCGGCGUUGGCGAUGUUGGAUUCGGCUAUGUAGCCGCCAACGACCCUGCACAGCAUGCCGACGACACGCGGCCCCCGAUCACGCCUGCCCUCGCCUCGCCGCUGAGGAGUGGGCUGAGGGUGCCUAACACCGCGAAGUCGUUGAACCCGCUCAGCCCGACGUUCCGAGAGGAGUAUAUUCUGGAGAAGCAGGAGAAGGAAGCGGAGAAACAGAAUGCUCGCGACUUGCGAAUCAAACUUCGAGUCCGCAUCGCGAAGAUUUUCCUCCGCGGUGUCAACUUCUCAUGCAGUCUGAUCGUGCUGUCCCUACUAGCUACGACGCUGACCAUCUUCAACGCCACUAAGAGCAUUCCCACACGCAACAGUCUGCCCGCCUGGGCAGAGGGUACCAACCCUUGGGCCCAGUACCUGCUACUGGGAUUGGCUUGUUUCUCUUUGUUUGCGUGCUUGUUUGUCUUCUGGGGCUACUGGAAAGGUGGCCACCGUCGCGCUGAAAAGGUCACCGUCUACUAUACCACAUUCUCGAUCUGUUUCUUCUUCUUCAGCUUCAUUAUGUGGAUUGUCGGUGCGGCCAUUUACCAGCACUCCAAGUCUUCUGGCAGUGGAAAGGACAUGUGGGGAUGGUCCUGCGCACAGAAUACCCGCGAGGAGGUCUUUUCUAACACGGUCGACUACGCACUUCUUUGCCGUCUUCAGGACUGGGGCCUCGUCUGCGCCAUCAUCGAAGUCGUCAUCGAAGUUCUUGUCCUGCUCAUCUACGGCGUCGUUGCUUACCGUGUCUGGUCUAAGCGCCGCCUCAUGAAGAGCAUGGAUACUCGCGACAAGGCCCGCUCUGAUUUGUACCUCACUCAGCUGCGUCUGCAUUCCGCCCCCAACACCCCAGGUUUCCCCGGCUUCGCAAGCUACCCGCCCAAGUCGCCGUAUGGCAUCUCGGUAGACCCAUACUCCGCCGCCGAGAAGGGUCAAGCCGAGCCGACACCGACGCAGUACGCAUCACCGCGCUCCCCAACGAGAGAAAUCCCCUCGUUCCAGCUCCAGGCUCCACCCAUCCGCGUCCAACAGGCUUCACCUCAAGCGCAACAGGAGGGCUUUGCGGCGCCCGCGGCGCCCAGGUCUCCCCCUCCACCGCUCACGAACGAGCCUCAACAUAUAGGCGCGGCUCCCGGUGAGGCAGACUACGGCGCUGUGCCUAUCCCGGGCGCUUACACGAGUCCCAUGAUGCCUGAAUUCCCGGCCGCGGUGCACAAAUAA